AUGGCUAACCGUGUGCGAUGCCUUAGUCGUUUAAGCCAAAACUUUGGAUUUUCAUCAAGUGCAAGAUUAGAGGAAUUUUUUGCCAAGAAGUGGCCUUCAGAGAAACGUUUUGGACUGGAAGGCUGUGAAGUGUUGAUCCCUGGUCUUAAGACUAUUAUUGAUGUGUCCAGUGAUUUAGGGGUGGACACCUUCAUUGUAGGAAUGCCUCAUAGGGGUCGAUUAAAUGUCCUGGCCAACGUGUGCCGCAAACCACUGGCAAAGAUCAUCUGCCAGUUUCACUCCAACAUCAAACCAGCUGAAGAAGGUUCAGGUGACGUGAAGUAUCACUUGGGGACCUUUGUAGAGAGGGAGAACAGGAUGACCAAUAAGCAGGUCAAGAUUGCCGUCUGCGCCAACCCCUCCCAUUUGGAGGCUGUCGGUCCUGUUGUUCAGGGCAAAACUAGAGCGGAACAGUAUUACAGGGGAGACAAGCAAGGGAAGAAGGUGAUGAGUAUACUGAUGCAUGGAGAUGCUGCAUUUGCUGGCCAGGGGGUGGUCUAUGAGACGUUCCACUUGAGUGACCUUCCCGCCUACACCACCCAUGGCACCAUACAUGUGGUGGUCAACAACCAGAUCGGCUUCACCACUGACCCCCGUAUGUCCCGUUCAUCGCCCUAUUCCACCGAUGUAGCGCGGGUCGUGAAUGCUCCUAUCUUCCACGUGAAUGCAGACUACCCAGAAGAUGUGAACUAUGCUUGCAAAAUCGCAGCUGAAUGGAGAGCCACCUUUCAAAAGGAUGUUGUCAUCGAUUUGGUGGGUUAUCGUAGAUACGGUCACAAUGAGAUAGACCAGCCAAUGUUCACUCAGCCUUUGAUGUACAAAAAGAUUAACCAGCAGACCACCGUGAAGGUGAAAUAUGCACAGCAUCUGUUAAAUACUGGAGUUGUGACUGAGGAAGAACUUACGGCUGAAGAACAGAAGUAUCAGAAGAUUCUUGAAGAAGGCAAUGUUCUGGCCAAGCAAGAAACUGCCAUGCACAACAGAGACUGGCUAGACUCACCAUGGAAGAACUUUUUUGAGCACAAGGAUCCAAUGCAGAGACCCGAAACUGGCAUUAAUUUGAAAACCCUCCAACAUAUUGCAAAGGUGGUGAACUCGCCACCACCAGAUAAAGAGUUUAAGGUCCAUCCAGGUAUUCUCCGUAUUCUAAAGAGUGGACGUGACAUGGAGAAGGAAAAGAUGGCAGACUGGGCACUGGGAGAGAAACUAGCCCUCGGCUCCCUUCUCAUGGAGGGCUACCAUGUCAGGCUGAGUGGCCAGGAUUCAGAGAGAGGCACAUUCAGCCACCGUCAUAGUGUUAUUCAUGAUCAGGAUCGUGAUAAGAAAUUUUACGUGCCCCUCAACCACCUGAAUGACUCCCAGGCCCACUUCACAGUCUGUAACAGCUCUCUGUCUGAAUACGCUGUGCUAGGUUUUGAAGUAGGUUAUGCUCAGACCAACCCCAACUCCCUGGUCAUUUGGGAGGCCCAAUUUGGCGACUUUGCCAACACCGCCCAGUGCAUCAUAGACCAGUUCAUCAGCAGUGGCCAGGACAAGUGGAUGAGACAGCUGGGAAUCGUGCUUUUCUUGCCUCAUGGCAUGGAAGGAAUGGGUCCUGAACACUCCAGUGCUCGCUUGGAAAGAUUCCUGCAGAUGUGCAACGACGAUUCAGACUUGUUUCCCAAAAUAGAUGCAGACUUUGUGAUGCAGCAGUUACACGAGAUCAACAUGAUAGUGGUGAACUGCACCACUCCAGCCAACCUCUUCCAUGUGAUCAGGAGGCAGAUCUACUUGCCCUUCAGAAAGCCGUUAAUCAUGAUGUCACCUAAGAGCCUUUUGCGUCAUCCCAUGGCCCGAUCGAAAUUCGAUGAGAUGAUAGAGGGCACCAAGUUUAGGCGCCUGAUCCCAGAGGAGGGUGGCGCCCAGGAAGACCCAACUUCUGUAGAGAAGUUACUGUUCUGCACUGGCAAAGUGUACUAUGAGUUGGUGAAGGAGAGACAGGCCAAUAACCUUGAUGAGAAAGUUGCUAUUGCCAGAAUUGAACAGAUUUCCCCGUUCCCAUUUGACCUGGUCCAAGAAGAAUGUAAUAAAUACUCCAGUGCCAAGAUUUGCUGGGUGCAGGAAGAACACAAGAACCAGGGGGCGUGGUCCUAUAUCCAGCCCCGUCUGGACACUGUCCUGAGGAAGACCACACGCAGGGACAAAGGAGCAGUCAGAUACAUUGGGCGACCUUCAGCUGCCUCACCUGCUUGUGGGAACAAGAGAAUGCACGAAGAUGAGCGAAAUGUUUUCCUCAGAACUGCUUUCGAGCUGAACGAUUAAUUACGAGGGCUGACAUUAAACACUCAAAAGUGCUAUUUAGUGGUGAUAAACUUUUAGCGUCAGAAUCUUUUUAUUUAUACAUAAAGACUGCAUACAAUUAAGAUCCCAGUAUAAAUGGUAAUCUCCAAAGUGUAGCCUGCAAAUCGCACAAUUUUAAGAGAAAAAACAACAACUUGCAUCUCGACUUUAUUUAUUAAACAUAUUUAUAGCUAUUUAUAGUAUACAUUGUGUAAGAAGAUUUGCCCAUUUAGAUGGAGAGGAAUGUUGAACAAAUCUCAAGUUUUCCUUUGUUAGAAAACUGUUUUUAAAUUAUUCCUUAAAUUAAAUAACAGGUAAAUACUGUUAGUCCAAAGAGAUAACUUAUAUCAUGUAGAAGAGUAAUAUAUAUUAGUGUGGUUGCACAGGGUCAGAUUAUUGUUUCAGAGAGCAUGUUGUAUAGCUGGCCCCCUCAGGGUAAUGCCUAUUUGCUAUGCCAUUACCUGUUAUUGUAUAACAAUCAUAGAUUUUAAAACUUCAAAGCCUGAGGCACUGGCUGCCACUUAUGAACAGAUGUGAUCUAGGUGUGUUACACACUCAUUGAAAUGGACUUGAAUUCAUAUAAGACUUGGCAUUUUAUAAUUGUCAUUAAAUCACCAACUGGAGAAAUGAUUGAAUGAUGAUCAAAUGAGGUUUAAAGUUUGUGUCAGUUUGUGUUAAUUUUAUUUGUGGUAAAUUAUUGAAGUGAUUAUUGUAGUGAUUUUGACUGAAACAAGCUUGUCUUCAAUUUUAAUAAGCACCAUUUAAGGAAGAUGUAUUUCUGGGUUGUUUAAGAAACCAUUGUCUGUAUUGCAAGUCAACAGAUUAACAGAUUAAAGUGAAUAAAACAAAGUUAUACCUGUGUUAA